AUGCAGUGGAAGUUGUACGCUAAGUUGUCAAAGUGUGUGUUUGAGAAGGAGGAAGUGAAGUUCUUAGGUGACGUGGUGAGCAAAGGAGGAAUAACCGUAGAUCCUUCUAUAGGGGAAACGGUGAUGGAAUGGGAAAGACCGACAACGGUGACGGAAGUCAGAAGCUUCUUGGGUUUAGCCAGGUAUUAUAGGAGGUUUAUCGAAGGAUUUUCCCGGAUUGUAUUAUCGAUGACAAAAUUGACAAGGAAAGAAGUGCCACUCGUAUGGACGUUGGAGUGCGAAGAGAGUUUACAGACUUUGAAGCAGAGGUUAACUUCAGCACCUGUUUUAGUCUUACCGAAACCACAUGAACCGUUCAAAUUGCAGAUUCCAAGCGCGUUUAAGACGGAGAUUCAGAGGGCUCAGCAAGAUGAACUGAAGCUUCAAAAAUUGUUCCAACCAGUUGGUGAUAAGGGGCGUGAGAAUUUCACUAAGGUUGGUGAAGAAUUUCAGGGAUACAGAGGGAGAAUUUGCAUACCGGUUGUCGGGAGGUUAAGGCAAGACUCGUUGUCGACGGCUCACUACAGUGGAUUUCCUAUACAUCACAAAAGUGCGAAGAUGCAGUAUGACUUAAAGAAGACGUUCUGGUGA